AUGGCACCUUCUCGCCCGGCGACAGCCGCUCUGCUGCGCGCAUUGCGGCGGACGACCACCGGUCUAUUAGCCCGUCAGACCUCGGGCGCGGUCGCGACGCCGCUGCUCAGGACGGUGCCCGCCCGCCGUCAGAACUCGACAUUCUCUUCCGUCUCCCCCGAUGAGGUCGAGCACUUCAACGCCCUUGCCGCCGACUGGUGGGACCCCCACGGCUCCUCUCGCCUGCUGCACCUGAUGAACCCGCUCCGGCACACCUUCAUCCGCGACUGCCUUGCCAGUCAGCCCGAUGCUCCCGCCACGCCCGCCCGCUUCCUCGACGUCGGCUGCGGCGGCGGCAUCUUCGCCGAGAGCGCCGCCCGCCUCCCCGACACCACCGCCGUGACCGCCAUCGAUCCGACGCCCGGCGUCCUCGCCAUCGCCAAGGCGCACGCCCGCCGCGACCCCGCCCUGAGGGGCAAGCUGGAAUACCGCGCAGCCACGAUCGAGACGCUUGCCGUGCCCGCAGCGCCCGCGGACCGGUACGACGUCGUCUCCGUGUUCGAGGUCGUCGAGCACGUCGAGUCGCCCGCCGAGUUCCUCGACAGGUGCGCGCCAUUCGUCCGGCCCGGCGGGUGGCUCGUCGGGAGCACCAUCGCGCGCACGUGGGUGAGCUGGUUCACGACGAACCUGAUUGCCGAGGACGUGCUCGGCAUCGUGCCCAAGGGGACGCACGACUGGCGCAAAUACAUCAACGCCAACGAGCUCCGGGGCAUGUUCAUGGGCAAGGGAUGGGAGAUGCCCCGCAUCGUCGGCGUCGCCUACGUGCCCGGGCUGGGGUGGAGGGAGGUCAAGGGCGGCGAGAAGGUCGGCAACUACUUCUUCGGUGUGAGACGGGCGGCGUGA